AUGCCAGCUCUUAGGAGUGCCAUUUGUGAAACCCUCCUAGGAGAACCUGAUCAAGAUGCCAAUUCUGCUUUAAUUGAACUCGACAAAGGCCUACGGUCCAGUCGUGUUGGUGAACAAUGCGAGGCCAUUGUACGCUUUCCUCGACUAAUUGAAAAAUACCCUUUUCCGAUUCUUAUUAAUUCGUCAUUCUUGAAGCUUGCUGAUGUUUUUCGUCUCGGCAAUAAUUUCCUUCGACUUUGGGUGUUACGAGUAUGCCAGCAGACAGAAAAGCACAUUGACAAAAUUUUAAAUAUUGAUGAGUUUGUUCGUAGAAUUUAUAGUGUAAUUCACUCCAACGACCCAGUUGCUAGAGGGUUGACUUUACGUACGUUGGGCAGCGUUGCACGAAUUAUACCAGAAAGAGGACAAGUGCACCACAGUAUACGUACAAGUUUAGAUUCUCACAAUGCUGUCGAAGUAGAAUCUGCGAUUUAUGCUGCAGCACAAUUUGCAGCCCAAUCAAAAUCAUUUGCUGUAAGUAUGUGCAGUAAAAUUUCAAAUAUGAUCAGAGGUAUUUCAACUGAUGUUGUUAUGAAACUUGAACUAAUUCCUAUUUUAAAACAUAUGCAUCACGACACAACUACUGCGACAAUGGUCAGAACACUUUGUACUGAUUUGCUAGAGAAAUAUCCAGCUCAAGAUUUUGUUCUAGUUACAUUGAAAACUCUUAAUCAAUUAGCUUUGUCUAUUUUAGUUGAUGUUCCGAAACAAAUAGAAUUGCUUUUGAAAUUUUUGACUGAAGAUAAACGACCUUUAGUUUGCAAGUGUGCUAUAUCCGGCCUUUAUCAGAUUGCCAAAGAAGGUGCACAUUUUUGGUCUGAACAAACCAUUAACAACUUGGUCAGUUUUUGCCAGAGCUUAAAUGUUGACAAUAGUUUAAAAGCAGACGCUAUAAGUGUAUUCAUACCAUUAACAAAAUCUCCAGCUAUAUGCCAAUUUCAUUACAGUACAGACAGUCUACUUAUAAAAAUGUGUAUUGCUGAAUCGAGUUCAUUGCAUCAGUCAGUUGCUGGAAAUGCUGUUAAAGUAUUGACGAACAUAGCAUGUUAUUGUUUUGAAGAAGAAAUUAUGUCAGAAAAUGAUGCCAAUAUAUUGAAGGUUUGCAUACAAAGCUAUCUUUUGUCUGUACUAUCAGCUGGACAACAACAGUUUGAUGAUAUCAGAAACUUAAGCAAUGAAGAACAAAUCAUUAUUAAUAAUAUUUUAAAAUUGGAUAAUAUUAAUGAGCCAAUGGAUGUUGAUGGUGCCACUCCUGAAAACUCUGAUAAAGGAUCAAACUAUCUUCGUGAUGGUUUACGAUCGUCUGUUAUGCUAUGCAAGGCAAAUAAAAGUUUGAUCCCAGAUUUUGUUUCACUUGUUGUUAAACCAUUGCAACAAGAUGGAUUUGAACUAAAUCCAUUAAUAUGUGAAGCUAUUGCUGCUUUUGGUGGUAUAUUACCUGGUACUUUAUUACCAUUUCUUCCAGUUUUUAUAAAACAAUUGACAAAUUUAAAUAAAAAUAAAAACCAUGAGUCCAUAGCUACAAAGGUUUUGUUAUGUACUGUGAUUUUCCAAGCUGUUGCUGGCUAUGAAGAAUAUGAUGAUGUGAAACAAGUAAUUAAUGAUGUAAUAAAAAAUACUGAUCUAUGGACCAAUUAUAAAAUUGGUCGAGCAGCUGUUAGAUAUGGUCAUUUUUACAUAAGUUCUAGAAUUUUUGGUAGCCUAAAUAAUCGUGUUGGUUCAGAACAAAUGCAUUUUUGGUUAGCUGCAUUAGAAACUAUUAGUACAGCAGAAUCUCAACUGACUUCAAAUCCUUCACAUUUAUUGGGUAACUUAGGUCAAUCAAUAUCUACUUACUACAGAGCAAUCGCUGCAUUAAAAGCCGCAUCAUUAAUGCUUAUAUUCCAAACGGAAUACACACGUUUGCGUUGUGAGCUACUGCAAUGUUUCAUGCGUUUAUUGUCUACAUGCAACAGUUUUUGCACUACUCCGCCGCCAGCUAUAGCUUCAGCAAUUGUGCAAGCUACUAGAGAUGAAAUGCAAAGUUAUGGUCACAUAACAAAUCAAUUGAGAAAAAGAGCAAAGGAGUUUAAGGGAUGUGCAGAUUUAUAUUGGAGAUUAUACCAAUCAGCAUUUGACGCUGACCCUAAUACAUUAUAUCACUUACAGCUCUUACAGCAUUUGUGUUUGUUGAUGGCUCAUAAUAUUGAAUCUGUUGCAGUUCCAAACAAAUGCGAAAGUCCUGUCUUAGAUUCUGAAUUGGAAAAAGAAGGCUCUUUAGAAAUACAAUUGAUUGUCAAAUGUAGACAAGAGCUCUUAGAAAUAAUGAGUACAGUAAAAGAAAAAGCAAUUACUCAUAAACAUAUACGAUCUCUCAAAAAACAAGCUUCCCUCUUGGUAACUACACCAAUGUGUUUUCCACGUUAUUUUUUCCAAACUUUACAAUCUACUACAAUAACAUUGGCUGUAUCACCUCAGCCUAGAGUUAAUGGUGAACCAAUUACAGUAAAUAUGGGGAGUAAUUUUGUAGUUAAAGUUGAAGGAGUUGUACAACAUGGAACCAAAGCUAAAUUCCGUAAAGUUGAUGGAAUUCAAUUAACAAUAAUGUCACAACUAGUGACUAGAAAUCAUGAUACUAGACCAACCGAAGGAAAUUUGAUGUUAACACAAACAGUAAAACCACAUAAGGACUUCUUUGCUUCAGAAUUUUGUCUGAGUUUCAACCAAGGAAGUCAACAUCAAGUACACAUUGAAGCAGCUCUUAUUGAUGAUACUGCAUCUGUUUGGCAAAUUGGAGUGCGCAACACAUUAACUAUAAAAUGUCAUUAA